UGUCAUUACUAUGCAGCAAAGUCAACACGGGGAAGCCCUUCCUCUGUGGCUGCCGUGCUCUCUUUUAUUUUAUUAGUUUCUUUUAUCUUUCUUCUUUACAUCCUUGGAGGACUUGUUCAACUCUUAUAAUCCGCCUGAUUGCUUUUCCUCUGGCCCAAAAAAAUCUCUCCUUUCUUUUUAAACUCGUCAUAUCGAUCAAAAAGAGAGUAAGGAAUCUUUGAACAGACUCUUCUUCUGAGGGAGGAGAUUUCUGUGAGAAAGUUGGGAUUUUGCGGAGUCAUUCGUGGUCAAAAUCGCAUCUUGGGGGUCGGAAGGAGGAAUAGAUGCGGAGAAUUUAGCGGGAGGGGCAGAGGAACAAGAGGAUUAUAUGGAUAAAUUAUGCUGCUUCGGGGGCUCCUGCUCUCGGUUUGCAGGUCAUUCUUCAGGUGAUGCCGGUAAAGGGAAAAGCUGUCAAGGCCGCAUAAAAAUUACAUAUGGAUUUAGCCUUGUAAAGGGAAAAGCUAGUCAUCCAAUGGAGGAUUAUCAUGUCGCCAGAUUUGUCCAGAUGAGAGGGCAGGAGCUUGGGCUGUUUGCUAUUUUUGAUGGUCAUUUGGGAGAUAGCGUGCCUGCCUAUUUGCAGAAGCAUCUGUUUGCUAAUAUUCUGAAAGAGGAAGAAUUUUGGACCCAGCCAGAUAGAGCCAUUUCAAAAGCCUAUGAAAAGACUGACAAGGCAAUUCUUUCACACAGUCCUGAUAGGACGAGGGGUUCCACUGCUGUUACUGCAAUUCUUGUAAACGGUAGGAAGUUAUGGGUAGCCAAUGUUGGCGAUUCACGAGCAGUUCUUGCAAAAGGUGGAAAGGUGAUACAAUUGACAGUUGAUCAUGAACCAAGCACCGAGCGUGAGCGUGGGAGUAUCGAGACAAGAGGUGGCUUUGUUUCAAACAUGCCAGGAGAUGUCCCAAGAGUUAACGGCCAAUUAGCUGUUUCCCGUGCUUUUGGGGACAAGAGCCUCAAGUCGCAUCUGCGGUCAGAUCCAGACAUACACCCUGAAGAUAUUACUGCUGAUGCUGAAUUACUUAUCCUUGCAAGUGAUGGCCUCUGGAAGGUCAUGAGAAAUGAAGAGGCUGUUGAUAUCGCUCAAAAGAUUAAGGACCCGCAAGCAGCAGCGAGGCAGUUAACAACUGAAGCAGUGAAUAGAGACAGCAAAGAUGAUAUUUCAUGCAUUGUUGUCCGGCUGAAAGCAUAGAAAAUAGUUGAUUCUUUCAGAUGAUGGUCUCUCCGAGGUCUCUCCAUUGUUCGAGAGAAGUCAUCUAUAGGUGGCUAGUAGCAGCAUAAAGUUGAGUUGGUCAUGUCCAAUGAAGCCGGCAGAGGAAUACCAAAUGCUGGAGUACAAAAAUUAGUUCUCGCACCCUUCUCGCUUAUCUUGUAUAUGCUUUCAUCCUUAAUUAGUUAUUAGCUGAGUGUGAUAUUGUUUGAUUCCUUUAAUGGAUUAGUUAAUCAAAGUGUCCCUUGCCUUCAACUGUGUGGUGACAAGAAGCCUUCUGGGACAGGAGGAUUUAUUUAGCAUAAUUGUUGGUGGUAUUGCUUGCAUUUUUCUUUCUUUCUUUUUGUUUCCUUUAUUUUGUUUUAAGCUACAGUAAAAGCCAGAUUGUGUUGAUGAAAUGCAACUGCUUAUUUUGCUGAUGA